AUGAAAUCUUCAUCAGAUUUUGGAACAAGUGUUGAAUUUGUAAAGACCUGGCUUUACUAUUGUAAACUUUCAAAGAAGUUUUCUUUACAAAAAGUUUCAGAUUCUUCAAUUUUAUUUCCAAGCAUCAAGAAAUGGUUCACUGUAUUGGAUCAAAAAACUAUUUCUGUUGAAGGAAAAGAGUUUCAAGUUGAAUAUUUGUUGAAAGAGUUUUUGAAAUUACUCAUGACUUCAUGUACAUUUCCUAAAAAGGGAGAAAAGAAUUGUUAUGAAGCUAAAUGCUUCAUUUUCACAGUUCCAACCGAUACUGACAUUGAAGUUAAGAGGAGAUUCAAGAAAAUUGCUCAUGAAGUUAUUGGAAUGACCUUCUUAAACAGUUCUAUUGGAAUGAGUGAUGUUUACAUCAUUGAGGAAUAUUCAUUACUCCUCCAUUUAGAUGAUUCAAGUAGCUGUAUUGUUGUAGAUGUUGGUUGUUUGACUUCUGAUUCAAUUGUUAAGAAAGAUGAAAAAAUCAUUCAAGUGAGUGGUGAAACAAGAGGAAUCUCACUCAUUCAUGAGAAGAUCAAGAAGAUGGAUAGUUCAAUUGAUACAAUGAUGGUAAUGAAGGCACUUUUCAAUGACAGAGAUUCUGACAAGUUACCGGAGCAAUAUUCCAAUUUGGAAAGUUGUUUCACAGAGGGUGUUGCAGAGAUUGCUGAACCAAUUCUUGAUGUUAUCCUUCAAUAUCGUUGUAAGAAUGUUAUUGUAUGUGGUGGCUUUGUUUCACAUGCCUAUUUCAGAAAAUUAGUCGAAGAAUAUAUUUCUGUUGAAAAAUUGGAAGACUAUGUCAAUAGACAAAAAGAUUAUCUCAAAGAUGAGUUCAAGGACUAUUCAAAAAUUGAAUUUACUACUUGUUGUAAUCCUGAUGGAGGAAGUUCACUUUUGAAUGGGGUCUAUCUCAUUAUUAAGAAGGCAUUGGGAACUUCUACAGCUCAACAACUUGAUUUUGAAAGAGAGACUCAAGCUGCCACUUGUCGUAUUGGAUUCGCAUACUUUGAUACAUCAACCAGCUCUUUCUGUUUCGAUAUUUGUUAUUCUCUAUUUGAUGCUUACUUGAAACAAGAUACUGAAAUAUUUAUCAUCAAAUUCAGAAACACAAUUGACAUUGACAAGGUUGAAAAUUGCCAAGUCACCAAACAGAAUUACAAAAGCAUUGGAAUUAUGGAAUUUGAGAGAUUUUGCAGUUUGGAAAUUAUAUUCAAAAACCCAAUUGAGCUUUUCAGAAAAGGAUUCUUCAUUCAUGGCAAACUUUUAAAUGACCACGUUGUUGUAAUAGUUCACUACCAACUUCACAAUCACUUUUACUAUUGCCAAGCAUGUAAAAUCCCAAGAAAGGGAAGAAAGGACAGAAUUCCAAUUAAUGACAUUGAAAAAGUGUUUAGUGAGGAAAAUGAUUGGGAUACUUGGUAUGGAACUCCUUAUUAUGUUGAGAUGAAUAUUACCAAUGAAGAAAUGAUUGAUACCUAUUUGGCUAAUAUGGCUGCUGUUGUUGGAGAAAAAGAUCUUGCACAAUUUAAAAGUUUGGAAAGAGGAGAGUUGACUAGUUUGGCAACUGAGGAGAAUAAGAAGAAGAAGAGAAAGUAA